AUGGCUUUGAGUUCUACAGAAGUCACUAUUCCACCUAAGGUAUGUCCAGCUGCACCUCCCUCCCCAAACUUGAAACGCAAGCAGCUAAUGUGGCAGAAUGCAGUACGUCACAUUAUCGACCAACGAGGAAUGCACCAUGAGGGACGAACAGUCAAUUCUCGAAAAAUCAUUGUUACCGAUGCCUACAUCGAUGACAUCAACAGACAGAUUCGUAAUAAAGCUGCACGGGGAAGCGCAGGCAUGCAUAAGCGGCGUUCCUCUGCAGCCCGCAUUCAUCCAUUAAGAGAGCGCAACUCCACCUGCACACGGAAGUCCACCGACUCUCUCUGUGAUGCUGACUUCUUCGUAAGCUGGGGCUUCACAGCGUGUGGCAUCUUCCUUCCGGUUCUCCACCACAAGUUUAAAUCUCACGAUCUUGAGCAUCUGUACCAGCAGCACUCAUCUGGUCAACGCCGAGCUUCCCUUGUAGUCACUAAUGUCAUUGAUAUCUUUACCAAACUUCAUAUCCUCUUCAUCUACCUGGCUGUGGCCCCUGAGAUGGUGGACUCUCAACGAGGAUGGGUGGCUGGCCUCUUUAUGGGACUUGGAGCAGUUUUAUGUGUUUUAGUUCUGACCUGUAAAGGAUUGAUGUCUCCAGAUUACCUGCGCUAUGCUGGGCUGGCAAGCUGGCUGUCCCAGACUGUGCAGGCAUUGGGAGGUUUGGCAUAUGGGUUAGAGAAGGACCAGUCCUGGUAUGUGCUCUUCACCGUGUUCGCCACCUACACGCUAUUGCCCCUACCUCUACUAUGGUCCAUCUGCAUAGGGUUCUUCACCACUGCUUUGCACCUGUUGGUGGAUGCCCUUAGGAAUUAUAAUGACACAGCCAUUGUAAGAAAGUUACUUGCAAAAGGUCUGUUGUACAUGGGUAUGAAUACCGCAGGACUGUUCAUUCACUACUUAUCAGAUCGCGCCCAAAGGCAGGCAUUUCUUGAGACACGCCGUUGCAUUGAGGGACGAGUCAAAAUGGAACGAGAGAACCAGAGACAGGAGCGGUUGGUCAUGUCCAUUCUUCCUCGAUUUAUUGCCUCGGAGAUGAUUGGUGAUAUGACUGCUAUGGAUGAUGAAUUGCUUCCUCAACAGUUUCAUAAGACCUACUUUCAUCAGUACAAAGAUGUCAGUAUCCUGUUUGCUGAUAUAAAAGGCUUCACCUCUCUCUCAAUGACCAUGUCGGCUCAGGAUUUGGUGCGCACACUAAAUGAGCUGUUUGGACGCUUUGAUCGCCUUGCUGAGGAGAAUCACUGCAUGAGGAUAAAGAUUCUUGGAGAUUGUUAUUACUGUGUGUCUGGGGUCCCAGAGCCCCAAACUGCACAUGCUCGCUGCUGUGUGGAGAUGGGUCUGGCAAUGAUCAACACUAUACGUUAUGUACGUAAGGAGCUGAAGAGAGAUGUGGACAUGCGUAUCGGUAUCCAUUCUGGCUCGGUUCUGUGUGGGGUUUUGGGUCUGCAGAAAUGGCAAUUUGAUGUGUGGUCUUGGGAUGUAGAUGUUGCCAACAUGCUAGAGGCUGGAGGAAUCCCAGGGAGGAUUCAUAUAUCACGAGCGACCCUGGACUGUCUAGCGGGGGUAUAUGAAACAGAAGAAGGUCGAGGCUAUGAGCGGAAUGAGUUUUUACGCAAACACAAGAUCGACACUUUUCUGAUCUGUCAUACGCCGCAGGAAGACAAGGAGCCCCCUAAAGUCCGGAGGACCAGCAAAGAUGAGACAACAUGGAGCGCUGAGCUUCCUUUUGAUAACAUCAUUGGAAUGAACUGCAUCUUAGCCACUUUCACCAAUGGCUCCCUGGUGCAGUUGCCCAGUCAGAUUACUCCUCAUUGUGCCGGGUCUCGGGAAAUCAACAAGAGAAUCAAGCAAGCCAUCGAGGUGCGCAGCAGUGAGCGAAUGCGUAAAGAACACAUCACACCCUUCACGCUCGUCUUCAAAGACAGACACAUCGAGGGAAAGUUUUCUCAGAUGCGAGAUGAGAUGUUCAAGUCCAACUUGGCCUGCUCGUUCCUAAUGCUUCUCUUUAUCAUGGCCGUACAGGCCCUCAUCCCCUCACCACAAAUCUCUCCUAUGGUAAUCCAGUUUCUAGUGUUCCUGUUUGUCUACGUGCUUCUGCUUCUGGUAACACUGGCUGAGGAAUUUAAGCACUCCCCACCGUACUUACAGCACCUGUGCUGCUUGAUCCACGAGACCAAGAGCAUCCGUAACCUGCUCACCCUCACCGCUAUUGCUAUUAACUUUGGCGUGGCCUCCUGUGAUAUUUUGUGGUGUAACACAGUUUUGGAGGCUGAAGAAAGUAACAAGAACUCUGAACAAAGUGCACAGUGGCCAGUAAACAUCUGCACCCACCCUGAGUUCUUUGUUUUGAGCGGUGUGGUGGCUAUGGUGACGUGUGCUGUGUUCCUGAGGCUCAGCUGUCUGUUGAAGUUGGCCGUACUUAUGUUAGUCAUUGCAGUUUACACGUACCUCAUCGAGGUAGCCUUCCAUGUGCUCUUUAUCCGCCAACACCAAAAUGGCCAAAUUCAGAGAUCUCAAUACCUCAGACGCAAAGGUGUUUCUGUGUUGCUAAUGGCCAUUUUUGUUGUGGUUGUCCUCUACAACAGUAGACAGUUAGAAACUACAGCCAGGCUUGACUUCCUGUGGCGUCUUCAGGCCAGACAGGAAGUGGAGGACAUGAAGGAAUUGAGGGAGCAUAACGAGUGUUUGCUGUAUAACAUACUUCCUGCCCAUGUCGCCCGCCACUUUCUUGAGAGAGACAGAAAUAAUGAGGACCUGUUCUCUGAAUCCUACGACCGAGUUGGGGUGAUGUUUGCUUCCAUUCCAGGCUUUACAGAUUAUUACGAGAAGAAAGAGUUGAUUCAUCAGGAUGUGGAGUGUCUGCGUCUUCUUAAUGAGAUCAUCGCUGACUUUGAUGAGCUAAUGGAAGAGCCUUAUUUCCAGGACAUAGAGAAAAUCAAAACCAUUGGCAGCUGCUACAUGGCUGCAUCUGGUCUGUCUCCUGAAAAACAGGAAUGUGAAGAUGAGUGGGCUCACCUCAGUACGCUGGUCCUGUACGCUUUGGCCAUGCAAGAAACACUGAAACAAAUAAACAAACGUACCUCAAACAACUUUCAGCUGCGUGUCGGUAUUUCUCAUGGGCCUGUAGUUGCCGGAGUGAUUGGCGCCACUAAACCCCAGUACGAUAUCUGGGGCAUGACCGUGAAUCUUGCUAGCCGAAUGGACAGCACAGGACUCAGAGGGCGUAUUCAGGUUCCAGAGAGCACAAGCCGUAUCCUGGCUGACCGCGGCUUUGUGCUGCAGCUUAGAGGAGAUAUCUACGUCAAAGGGGUUAGCGAACAGCGAGGAGGGGUCCGCACAUAUUUUGUUAGCAGCCGGGAACAGAGCUCAAGCUACGCAGAGAGAAACACCAGCAGAGGGAUAUCUCUCGGGAGGAACACCCUCGCAGCGGUGGUCUUUUCCCUGGUGCAGGCCCGCAAGAAAGAGGAGUUACGAGAGGCCAACGGAGGUUUUCAUCUUAUGGAUAUCACAUGAAUUUUGAUUCAAAAUUGGACAGGAAUCGUAUUUAAUACCUCAUGAGUCAUUGCCUUCAAGAGAUUUUCCACAUUCUCUGUUAUUCUUUCUGAAUAGUAACUUUAUUUCUCUUGUAUAACCAGAUUUCUGCUGAUAUUCAAAGUUGCUAAUUAUGAAAGUCUAUUUGUACCUCAGAUUUGUUUUAAAAAGGUAAUUGCAACGCUAAUCUCACAGUUUUGUCUUUUCUUGCAGUUCUGGAAAAACAGUUAGAAUUGCAAGACUUGCAAGACUCACAAUUCGGAGAAGAAAAAUCUGAAUUGUGAAUCAUAACCUUGCAAAAGCAAGGAAAUAACAAUUCAUUGUAAGAUGAAUCACAAUUCCAUUUUUCAUUUUUGUGGUGAAAUGUGAGAUAUAAACUUUGAAUUGCGAGAUGUGAACUUUUUUGAGAAAAAAAUAAAAAGUCAAAAUUGUGAGAUAACAAAUUACCUUUACUCUUUUAAAUCCUUGCUUAGCAGAAAUUGGCUCCUGUAGCUUAAUAAAAAACAUCUGAAGGCCAUGUUUCUUUUGUCUUGGCGUUGGCAUCACUGGGAUUUUAGCCAAUUUGAAAUUUUUACAUUUUAGGAAUUUAAAAAGGCAUUUUACUGCUUAUAAACACUUCAGUAAAACCAAAAAGACCAAAAUAGUGUAGAAAAGCUAAGGAACUCUGGAUUCUGUCAAAAGCAGCAACUGAUUAUAACGUGUAACAUUUUCUUCUGAGGUUAUUUAUGAUGCUCAACCGCCACCGACAAAAUAAAUGUGGAAAUGUACAAUGAAGAGUCAGAGGUCGACUUUGCUAAUCUAAUUAGCUGAUUGUCUGACACAUUUGUAUUAUUCAUUAACACCCUGGAGAAGCAGAAGCUAUAAAUCCCAGGAUUAUACCAACAUAUCAACACAUUGUUCUAUGUAUAUAACAAAAAAUAUUUAGAUCAGACAUUUUAGGAUAUCUUUUAGAUGAUUUUCAAACUCCCCUUUUAUAUUAUGUUUACAUGGUUAUGGGACAAGAAAAACAAACUAUGUUUUGGGAGUUUUUAGGGAUUGUACUGUAUUUUUAUGAUUGAUAAUAAAAUCUUAGAACGUAUUGACAAAAUUGCAAGUUAAGAAAGAAAAAGCAGGAAGGAAAAUGACAAUGCCAAAAAUUCUUUGUCUUCUUUUUUAAUAGAUAUUUUUAGAGUUAGAUAUUUCUGGGACACACUACUGCAAAAAGCCACCGAUUGAUGUUGCUGCUGAAUUACUUGUGAUGCCACUCAGUAUUUGUGAAGCAUACAUAACAUAUUAGUAUUUGCCAAUUUUUUUUUUUUUCAUUUGUCUGAUAAGGAAAUGAUUUUAAGCAUAUAAAAAGUAGGCAAAGAAUGGGGGAAAAUAUUUAUACUUACACAAAAUCAUACUACUUUUUAGCCAACAUUAAAACAGUUGUUUGUUAUAUAUGUAUACUAAUGCACAAUUGUAAUGCACAUUAAGAUGUUUAUGAAUAUUAUAUGUUUUAGGAAUGUAAAAUUAUGGCCUACCUCAGUACACUGUUUCUGUUCGCUUUGGCUAUGAAAGAAACUUUGGAAGAAAUAAA